GCAGGGAACAGGUAGCUGUGUCAGAUUAAGUGGUUUCACUCUACACAGUAUCGAGCGGUUUAAGGUCCGAGAAAGAUUCAAUCUGGGUGAGAGAGGAAGUUUAAAAAUUGCCGAGAAAGUGACGGGAAAAUAAGAAAAAUGCCUAGAUCGCGAUCACCAGUGUCAAUAGCUUUAUCGUUUCUCUUCACAUUCUUCAGCGUCUCAAACGCUUUUUACGGACCAUCGUCGCCAGUGCUUCAGCUUACUCCUUCUAAUUUCAAGUCCAAGGUUUUAAAUUCGAAUGGAGUUGUUUUGGUUGAGUUCUUUGCGCCUUGGUGUGGCCAUUGUCAAGCUCUAACACCUACAUGGGAGAAGGCUGCCAAUGUUUUGAAUGGAGUUGCUACUGUGGCUGCUCUUGAUGCUGAUGCUCACCAGUCCCUUGCUGAGGAAUAUGGGAUUAGAGGGUUUCCGACAAUAAAGGUGUUUGCACCUGGAAAGCCUCCAGUAGAUUAUCAGGGAGCAAGGGAUGUCAAACCUAUUGCAGAAUUUGCCCUCCAGCAGGUAAAAGCCCUCUUGAAAGACCGUUUGGCUGGGAAAGCUUCUGGAGGAUCUAGUGAGAAAUAUCAACCCAGUGCAUCAGUAGAAUUAAAUUCCCGCAACUUUGAUGAAUUGGUGCUCAAAAGUAAAGAACUUUGGAUUGUGGAGUUUUUUGCACCUUGGUGUGGACGCUGUAAAAAACUUGCUCCUGAGUGGAAGAAGGCUGCUAAUAACUUGAAGGGGAAGGUGAAGCUUGGUCACGUUGACUGCGAUUCAGAGAAGCAGUCUCUCAUGAGCAGGUACAAGGUGCAAGGAUUUCCUACGAUCUUAGCAUUUGGUGCAGACAAAGACGGUCCAAUUCCCUACGAGGGUGCUAGAAAUGCAUCUUCAAUUGAAUCAUUUGCUCUAGAGCAGCUCGAAACAAAUGUUGGACCUGCUGAAGUGACGGAGGUGAUUGGCCCAGAUGUCAUGGAGGACAAAUGUGGUUCGGCUGCCAUAUGCUUUGUUGCUUUCUUACCUGAUAUUUUAGACUCCAAGGCAGAAGGCAGGAACAAGUACCUGGAGAUGUUAUUGUCAGUAGCAAAGAAAUUUAAAAGAAACCCUUACAGCUAUGUUUGGGCAGCUGCUGGUAAGCAACCAGAUCUUGAGAAGUGUGUAGGUAUCGGUGGGUAUGGGUAUCCAGCUCUUGUAGCCUUGAAUGUGAAGAAAGGAGCAUAUGCUCCGCUCAGAAGUGCAUUUGAGCUUGAGCAUAUCAUUGAAUUUGUUAAGGAAGCCGGGAGAGGAGGGAAGGGAAAUUUACCUCUGAAUGGCGGUCUGAACAUCGUAAAGACAGAAGCAUGGGAUGGGAAAGAUGGGAAAAUCAUGGAAGAGGAUGAGUUCUCCCUGGAAGAACUCAUGGGAGAAGAUUGAACAGCAACUGCAACAAGAAGCAAGGAUGAGUUUUGAUUAAACUGAAAAUAGAAGAAUCGGGUUUAGGCAAAAUUGGAUUUGAGUUUUGAUGUUACGGAGAACCAUAUCUGUAGGAGACUUUGUUUUCUUUCCCACAAUGAAAUUAGAUUUCUUCGUCUCCA